AUGGAGUUGUAUUAUGACCUGUUGCUCGAAAGUUUUCUUAAACUGGGUCCAGAAAAACCAAUUUUGCAAGGAACUGUUUUCGGCUGGGUUGCUUCCGGAAAGGUCGGUUCCAGUCGGCCUGAUUCAACUCUUAAACUGGCACAUGUCACCAGCACACAGUCUCUCGAUGAACAACUAUCUCGCUUUUGGGAAAUAGAAUCAUGUUGGACUACCAGUACCCAAUCCUUAGAAGAAACCGCUUGUGAAAACCACUUUGCCGCAAUUGUAUUUCGAGAUCAGACCGGUCGCUUUGUUGUCACCCUUCCCAAACGAGCUGAAAUUCUAAAUCAACUGGGAAAUUCGAAGGAGAUUGCUUCUCGCAGAUUUCGCGCUCUCGAACGCCGUUUUGAUACUAAUCCUCACCUGAAGGAAGCUUACACGGUUUUUAUUAACGAAUAUCAUCAACUUAACCACAUACGGGAGAUCUCAGACAGUGAAGCUUCCGCGCCUAUAGCCUAUUACCUGCCACACCAUGGCGUCGAAAAGGCAGAAAGUACAACAACGAAACUGCGAGUUGUUUUCGACGCCUCAUGCCGCACUGACACCGGAAUCUCAUUGAACCAGGCUCUCAUGCUGGGCCCAGUCAUCCAAGAUGAUCUGUUGUCAAUUAUUUUACGCUUCCGGAUGCAUCGAUAUGUCAUUAUCGCCGACAUCGAAAAGAUGUUUCGCCAAAUACGUGUGCACCCGUCGGAUUACCCACUGCAACGUAUUCUUUGGCGUUUCUCAUCGUCUCAGCCCCUUCGUACUUUCGAACUUACGACAGUGACUUGUGGCACGGCCUCUGCUGUCGGAGGAUGGAUCGAAUGA